UGGGACUUGCAUGCACAUAUGCACCUAUUGAUGCUUAUUUCCAUGAGUGAUUAUCGAUUUGCCAUUUUUAUUAGAAACACUGAAUAAGAGAGGUAAGGUCUGCUAGUAUUUAAACAACAGAACUCAAUCGAAUAUGUACAAUUGUGAUAACCAAAGUGUAGCACAAAAGGAAGAAGAAGGAAAAACCCAAAUUGUUCAUUCUUUGACAGCACAGAAACUCAAAAUGCAGCGAUCCACCUCUCAACUGGGAGUGUUCUUCUUCAUGUUGCUGCUUGCAGUCUCCUCAUGUUUUGCGAGGGAGAUGGAAGGAAGAGAAACUGUCAAACCACUGGAGUCGACCAAUGCGGGGAACGAACCAUGCAAAAAGAUUGAGGACUGCAAUGCGAGAUGUGCGAGAAGAGGAUGCACUCCUUAUUACUGUAGCCCUUUGGGGUGGUGUUGGUGCAUAUUACCAAUAUCUAAGGGUAUUGCUCAGUGUUAUUAAUUAUUAAUUUGCUCUCUCUAUAUACGUAUUACUUCUUUAAUAAUUAUCAUUUUUUGAUUGUAUAAUCAACUGAUGUCACACAUUAUAUUGUGAGUAAUAAAAAGAUUUCAUAUUAAUUUUCGAGUAAGUACUAAAAAUUGUCAAGUCUUGAGUUAGUGCGAAGCAUAUAUGAGCAUUGCUGAAGUCAAAGUUUAGAAUGAGGAGAGUUAAAAAUAACAAACUACAACAAUUCCUCACGACUGAACUCAAAUAUUGUAGAAGGACAAAUAGCACCCGUCUUAUCACUCUCUAGUGUUUUCUCAAUAUAUGAAUACACACAUUAUAACAUU